AUGCUUUACAUUAUUCCAUUAGCAUAUGCAGCUAAUGCUAAUGUUGCUAUUGACUAUAUAAAAGUUGGUGGUUAUAAUUCAACAAUUGUAACUCGAGUUGGUGAUUAUUGUAAUCAUAUUAUGACAAUAACAAUUGCAGGAUCGAAUAGUUCAAGUUCUUCAAGUGAUCUUAGUGUUGAAAUCAUCCUACUUGAUAAUAAUACUUCUUUUAUGCAAAUGUCAAAACCUACUAUAACAUAUGUCGGUGGAAAUUUUCUUAAUUCAGGGAAUCUUUAUCAAUGA